AUGAAUUAUGAAUCUGAAUGGCUUCAAAGAACUUGUGAAUUCAAAAAUAUCUGUUACAAUAAAGAAAGAAAAGUAUUUCAGUUUUAUCGUAAACCAGGCGGCAUUAAAAGGCCACUUUUAUUUGAACCUAAACUAGGUCAUAAAUAUGAUUUUAAUAUAAAUAACCAUGGCUUUGUUGGUCUUGUAGCACGAGCAUCUGUACAUGGAUCAUGGGGACCAACCAUUGUUGAAGAAUGGUUACCAUCGGUUAAUAAAGUACCUUAUGUAGAACAUGUUCAUGUUCUAUUUAUGCAUUGGUAUGUUUCCUUUAAUCCUGGUCAUAUCAUUUGGGAAGACAUAGCAUCCACUUAUUUUGCUAUGGUUAGAUUAAAUGAAUAUGAUAGAAAUCCUGUUCUUCUUGAGUAUCAACAUUAUCCGAAUAAAGGAGAUAAAUUUUAUCAAAUGUAUAAAAAUCUAGUUCCUGCUUUUGCUGCAAAAGUCGAUAGCCUCGAUCAUUACACGAAUAAUUUUUCUUCGUCACUUGUAUGUUUUCAAACUCUUGUAGCUGGUGGUGCUAAGUCAAUGUUUUCUAUUGGCAAUGAACCAUAUACACAUGGGAAAGAAAGACUUCUCUAUGACUAUCGUACUGCUAUCCUACAAUAUCAUGGUGUCAAUGUAUCCCAUUUACCAUCCCGUCAUCGUAUUGUACUUGUUAACAAAACUCGAGCAUUGCGUCGUAGUUUACGUGCAAUUACAAACCUUAUUGAAGUUAAACACUUUAUAUAUUUGGCCUAUCCAAAGAUACAGCUUGAUGUUAUUGAUUGGAGUAAAUAUACAUUUACUCAACAAAUGCAUGAAUUAUACAAGACAACUAUAUUAAUCACACCAUGUGGUGGUAUCUCAUUAAUCAUACCAUUUUUACCCGAAGGAACGCAUGCAAUCAUAAUGGAUUAUUAUGUCAAUCAACAAGCGUAUGUUAAGGGGGCGAGAUACAGAGUUGGAGAAUCAGCUUCAAUGGACGGAGCUUUUUUGAAUUAUUUUCCACAUAUUCGCAAACUUUACUACCAAGUGUGGAGUGCAGAAGAUUAUGUUUUGGACUUUCCUGGAGCAUCGAAUACACGGUACGAUGCAUCGAUCAGAGUUAACAUGGCCAGAUUGAAAGAACUAAUUGAUAUUGCUUUAGAUGAAUCAAUCAUAAGUCGAAUAAAUUGAUUUUUUUACAAUGCUCAUGCGAUAUUUGUGUUUCUUUACUAGAAACAUUUCAUUGACUCUUUCUAACAUAUGAUAUCUGAUACCAAUGUAAAGCGAUAUUUACUUUUAUCUGCAUGAGAGAAAAGAGUCGAUACCAAUAAGAUAAGGAGUAAAAUUAAACACUAAGUGCUUGCAUUCGCUGUUUCCUUCUUGAAAUAGGACCAUUUAUUUGUUCACGAUUUUUCAUGAGAAAAGCCGUAUACAUGGAAUCAGCAAUAAGUAAUGUGUAACGGAGACUGCCUUAAUCUUAAGGGCGAUAAGAAGGAUAGCGAGUGUAUACAUGAGUUAGCUAUUCCGGUCAGUUCUGAUAUGUCUACAUAUCUCAUCAAGUAGCUUCUAACUACCAUCUAUAUUGCUGCACACCAAGCAUUUGUUCGAAAGUGAAACAUUUAGUAUUUCAUAGUUAAUACUAAAACAUAAUUAACAUAGAAUUACAAGAAUCUUUUUUCAAGCUACUAUAACGCUACUUAAUCUUGCUUAAGAGGCUUCUCAGAUGGCACUUUUAAUUAAACUGCACAUUAUUUUAAAUUUUCACUGGCAAGAAGUAAUAAAUAACUUUUCACAAAGAAUAUUGAAACAUUUCAAAAACUAAAGAUGUCGUUUAAUAUAUCGUGAGUUCAUCGAUUACGAUUCUAACAGAGUGAGCAAAAGCUUUACAAAACUUUCAUAUUCUGAGCUAGACUAGAAAAAACGAUCAAUUCCAUCAUUUUAGUUUUCGUAUUGAGAAUCCCAUCAGAUGCCUUUUAUCAUUUCCCAUCGAAGGACAGGCAUCGAUUAUUCCAUUUUUUUUCUCCACCAUGUCUUCUAAAACUAUUAUCUAUUUUAAACUAAGAGAACCCAGGCAGACAAUAAACGGCCAGAAAGGCGUUUAAACGCGUUAAAAAAGCGUUUACACCGUUUAACUCGUUUAAACGCGUUUACUACUGAAUUUUUCACUUUUAAAUCGUUUUUUCAGUUUAUUUUCAACUAAAUUUGACAAAACCGUUAAAAACGUCCCAGUUUCGCGUUUUUUUCGAAAAAAAACCGUUUUAACAGUAUUUUUCCGUUUUGCUUCGAUUAACAAAAAAAUCAAAACUACAAAAAUUUUAUUAUUAUGCUGUCAGUAAAUAAUGUGCAUCGCCACUAACCGGUGGUUAGUAGGUGAUAGUCUGCGCUACUAAUCUGUUACUAAUGAGCAGUAAACUUUUAAUUUAACUAUUCUGUGACAGUUAUACCUGGUUAAAUGUGUCUAAAUCACGUAACACAAUAUAAUCAGUAAUCAGUCUGGUUACUUUCUAGUAAGUAGUAAGUUUUACGGCUCGUUAUUUAUUAGUAACAGGCAACUGAUGGUUAGAACAUGUAUCUUUUACUAAUAAACAGCAAAAGAUCAGAUCCGAUAUUUAUUAUUAGUGAGUAGGAAUUUUAAACCAAGAAAAUUUUUUUAUUCCCAUUAAGUCGAAGUCAAAAUCGAUAGCAGUAUAGCGAUCUUACUGAAAAUACUCCGCCUAGUGAGUUUACAUAUUCUUUAUUGAUGUAUUAUCAGUAUAUCUACGCAGCAAUAUUUCACUCUUAAUUGAAAAUCGUUAAGACAAAUAUUGUUCAGUGUUAAUAUCUGAUGAGAAUGUAACAAAGCUUAUCUUUGAUUUCUAGCAGAGUAACUGCCAUAAACUGAUUUGCUUAACAGAAAUAGGCGUGCAGCACAUCUCAUACUGAAUAUCUUUAACAAUCAGCGUGUAGACAAUUAACGUUAUAUUGAUUUGUUCAAUGAAUAUUAUAAGAUCAUCUUAACCAAUAUUGGUUUAUUUUACUGCACAUUUAAGAAGAUUAAUUCUAGCUCAAUUGUAUUUUGUGAAUUAUCAUAAGUGCAGACAAAUAUUGUUAACGUUCAAAAACUAAAUGGAAGGGGGAAAUCAUCAUUAAUGUUACUACAUAUUAAUAUAUCAUACCAACAACAUAAACGAUUCCUUCCUUUUUACAUUAUAUGAUAAUCAAUCUUCUCUAUUUCUCUUUUAAAAGUGCAAGUACGUAUGAGCAACAAUCAUGUUCAACCAAGAUAAACAAGUUAUCCUGUUCUCAUAUAGGUUUUAAUUAAAAAAUGACAUAGAGUUUAGCUGUUUCAGUAAAAGUUUCAAAGCUUGAUUAUUUUAUAUUUCAUCUAGUUAUCAUCGUCACAUAGAAACAGAGUUAUCAUCAAUCCACAUUUUCAAGAAAUUUUUUCCAUUCUGUCUUUUCUUUCCGUCCAGUUCACAGAGAAAGGAAAAAAGAGGUCAUUCUUUUAUCACUCUCUCGUCCGAUUAUUCCCCUGUUCUUUUCAUUUGGAAUUCAUUUGUGUUCUGUUUCGUUCACAGAGUACUUGCCUAACUGAGUAGGCCAUUUUAUUUCUAACGUAUACUUAAAAUUAAUGUUAAAUUCACUAUGUGUAAUGGCACACGCUUCUUUUGUGUAAGACUGAAUAUGUUCGAAUUAGAUAAGUUCUUUUCUGCGGAAAUCACUCAGAAUGAGAGAAAGAAUAGGGCACUUACUACAUUGCUAUUAAUAGUGAGUUUCUGUGGAAAAUACUUCAAUAUUCACUAGGUUAGUGUUGACUUAGACAUAAUAUGUGCGAUACCGAUGAUAAUACAAUUAGAAGAGUCACUCGCAGACGAUAAACAUAGCAAAGUCCAUUAAAUAUUCCUCACUUGAAAUGUUUUAUAUAGAAUGUUCAUCACGAAUACGUGUGACAUAUGAGACGUUUGAAACAGUUGAGUUUUCUACUCGAUGAAAAGAGAAUCUUAAGUCAUCGAAAUAUGAAUGAGCUUUAAAAGAAAUAUCGUCACUACAGGAAAAAACAGAUAACAUUCUGAUGCAUAGGUGUGGCUUAAUCAAUUUCGUGACAGACUUAAUACACACUAUAAUUAUGAGAUUUCGUAGUGCAUUGAUGACAUUUCUAUUAUAUCAUAUCUCCAAACUUUGAUACUUUAGAAUUUGAUCGAAAUGAAGUUAAAUUUAUUAAUGAUACUUUUAAAGAACAUCUGUCUACCAUAGUAGUUCCGAUUGUGGUUUUCCUUAUAUUAGAAGCUGGUUAGAUAGUCCGUGCUUUGCCUUUUCAUCAAUUCCUGUGUUAGUCGUAGUAUUUUAAGUCUAUUCGUCAAUCUCUCUUAUCCGCCACUUAAAACAUGAAUGGAAAUAAUUCAGUUUUCUUCUCGUUGAUAAACUGACCGAUUAUAUUCAAAUUAUCAUUAGAUUAAUGUUAAAUUGACAUAUGUUUAUAGUUUAUACUUUGAAAACAGUGCAGAAAAUUUUUCUCUCAUCAGUUCAUUUCUUUUUAUGUUAAGAGUAAGCUUACAUUUUACUAUUUACUUGUUGGUAUUUUUUCUUUUUGUUUUUUCUAAUAGUGGAAUGGAAUGACAAGACGUUAAUGCUGUUCGAUUAAACCUACGUAUUUUAUCUUUCUUUCCACUAUUGAAAAAAACAAAAAGAAAAAAAUACCAACAAGUAAAUAGUAAAAUGUAAACUUACUCUUAAUACAAAAAGAAACGCACUGAUGAGAGAGAAAUUCUCUGUACUGUUUUCAAAGUAUAAACGAUAAACAUAUGUCAAUUCAACAUUAAUCUAAUGAUAAUUUGAAUAUAAUCGAUCAGUUUAUCAAUGAGAAGAGACUUUAAUUAUAAAUUGUUGAUGUUUCAUUGUUUAGAUGAAACAUUUGUUGAUCAUUAAGAGGCGUGACAAUGGAAAUUAUUUCAACUGUUUAAACAAUGUCAUUAGUCGCCAAAAACGCGUUAAAACAGUUACAAUUUCAAUGACUCCAAGCGUUUAAACAUGUAAAACGUGUUAAAAGAUAAUUUUUCAUAAACCGUUUUAACGCGUUUUUGGCGACUAAUGACACUGUUUAAACAGUUGAGAUGUUGAGACGUUUAAACGCCGUUUUUGCCGUUUUGUUGUCUGCCUGGGAAGAAUGGGUAUUUUUGGAAUUUUUGAUAAGAACAAGACACAGAUCUGUGGUUUUCACUGUUUAAAAAAGGACAUAAAAACCGCAUCGAAUCAUGUAUACCAGAUUGUUUUGACGAGUUUUUCAUGGUUUCCCACCAAAUUUUUUAAAAAAUCGAGGAUUUCAUGUCGGCUUACGUAAGUGAGUAAAAGAUGAAUCAAAUGACUAGUCUUUUUUCUGGUUACGCCGACCAGUCCCAUCCCAUCUACCCACGGAAAAAUUUUUCCCCGAAAACCGCGAAAAACCGUGAUUUCCCAAAUCACGAUAAUCGACGGUUUUUCGAAACCGCGAAAGUCAGACCUUUUAUGCGGUUUUUCAAAAUCGCCAUAUCCCGCGGUAAUUUCAAACCGCGGUUUUCACCGGUAUUCAAAAACCGCAUAAAAGGUCUGAGUUUCGCGGUUUCAAAAAACCGUUGAUUACUGCGGUCUGAAAAUACCGCGGUUCUUCACGGUCCUGACAAAUCGCAUAAAAGGUCUGACUUUUUCGGUUUCGAAAAACCGUUAAUUACUGCGGUCUGAAAACAUUCCGAUUUAUAGCGGUUUCAAAAAACCGCAUAAAAGGUCUGACUUUCGCGAUUUUCUGAAACCGCCGAAAACCGCGGUUUUUUCGAACCGCGAUAUACCGUGGUUUCUAUAGUCACUCCUGACUCAGGUAUGACCAGACUCACGUGAACGCUUGCCAGAGUUUACGUGAGCUACCCUUCGAGGGGCAAUGUAGUGAACUUUUAGAAGUUC